GAUUCAUACUGGAUAGAUUUGGAUUCGCAAUCGAAUUCCAAUUCCAAUUGAAGUGCGUAUACUUAUUUCAAUUGAAAUACUAGAGAUACAAGUUUCUUUAUUUAGCUCCAGGUAACUUCCAGAGUCGAUCACUUAACCCUUAAAGGAGUGUUCCCGUUAAAAGAACAAUGGGAGAGAACUAAAUGAUUAUUUUAACUCUCGCAAUAAAAAGGGGAAUUAAGAAAUCAGAAAACCUCUCGUUAAUCACUCCUUGUUGACUAGGAAGCCAACAAAUUAAAAUAAUCAUUUAUUAUGAUUGGCCGAACCCCAAUGAAAACGAGAUCUGCGUCGGCGGCUAGUGGCACCAAGACAAGACGUGAAGAGGAUCCCGUAAAUCGUGACCAUCACUGUAAAUCAUGUCGUAACGAGGACGACACACGAAUGGUCCAGUGCGACAAAUGCAAUGACUGGUACCAUUUCGAAUGUGUGUCUGUCGACCAAGACGUUGCUGAUCGGGAUUGGCUCUGUCCUACCUGUCAACCAAUCAGGGGAGCCAUACCAAAGGGUUUCGUGAGUACCGCUUCCGCCAGGCUGCCAGUCUGUACACAAACGUCUGCUUCAAAUCCAUCCGUUAGGGUGACAUCGGUACCGUUGAGCAUCGUGCCUCACAUACCAACAAAUCAAUUCGCCUUGCCAAAUGCAUGUGACGGUGACACCAACAACUCUAUGUUAACGCAUGUCGGCUCAAACAGGAUAUUUCCGCCUUUAAGUAGAACAAGUGCGCUCCGUGAGGUAGAUAAGGCCACGGUAAUGCCAAGUACGUUCACUUUAGCAAGCAGUGUGGCACGAUGUCACACAAUCGCACCUCUGAAUCCAACAAUACCAUCGACUGUUCAAGCUUCAGAAGCAUACCCGACAGCUCGCCCGACAGUGACCAGCCAAAGUCAUUAUCUGGCAGUUCCUUCAAGCCUCCAUCAACCGGUUUCUUCAAUGGCCAACAUUCCCUUAGCGUCGAGUACCAUCGUGCCAACCAUCGGACAUGCUUCGAAUGAGCCGCCACGGUUGACGUCAGAUAUGCAACGAAACAUCGCGAAGCAAGGUUUCGGCGACACGUCUAGUCAACACUCAGGAUCAUCGAAGCAGUCUUCGAAGCAGUUAAGGUUGAAACUUCAGAUGCAAAUGCUCGACGAGGAAAGGAAAUUACAAGAACAGGAAUAUGCGAGGAAAAAAGAGUAUCUUCACAAGCGAUACAAUCUUCUGAUGGAAAUUGCAAGCGAAACCUCAUCCGUAGUAGACGUCGAGGAAGAGAACCGAGAUGAAAUAGUAGACGAAUGGUUAAAUGUUGGGAUGAAUAUGGAUCACAUUCCGGCUCAACAUGGGCCAUUACCUUCGCAUUCACAGCAACAUGGGAUGCCUCCUUCUACUCAGCUAACACAACGAAGAAAUCCCACUCUACACCGGCAAACAAAUUCGACAGAGCAUCAGAAUGCCGCCUUUCCUCAACCAGAUGUACCCAUCCAGCAAUCCUGUGUCCCUGGAUUUAGUCGAAUGAGAAUCGAAACGGGUCCAUCACGCGGCAUUCACAAUCGAAGAUUAAGAAUCGAUGAACCGAGCCAUGUUACAACGAUAGAGGACGAUUGCAAUAAUUUAACACGGAGUCAAGUUGUUGCUCGUCAAGCUGUGUCGCGUGAACUGCCUGUUUUUAGCGGAACCCCUGAAGAAUGGCCGCUGUUUCUAUCAUCUUUCACAUCGACUACGAGCAUGUGCGGCUUCACACCUGAAGAGAAUCUUGUACGUUUGCAAAAGUGCCUCUCUGGAAAGGCACACGAUGCGGUGAAAUGUAUGUUAAUGCACCCGUCUAAUGUUCCACAAAUAAUCGCAACUUUGAAGAUGCGAUUCGGAAACCCCGAGGUCAUCGUACAUAAUCUCAUAACAAAAAUCAGUUCUACACCUGCGCCGAAAGUAGAUAAAUUGGACUCGAUCAUCGAAUUCUCUCUAGCCGUACAAAACCUGUGUGCAACGAUUGAAGCAUGCCAACUGGAGGAGUACACCUAUAAUGUGGCACUGCUUCGCGAGCUUGUGGACAAACUUCCCCCAUCGAUAAAAUUCGAGUGGGCUAAAUAUCGUCGUGAUUUCGCCAGUGUAAAUCUUUCUAUUUUUUCUGCAUGGUUGUACGAGAUCGCUGAAACAAUCUGUCCUCUUGUGGCUUUGCCUAGCGAAUCGAGGGUCCAUCGGUCUGGUAAAAACUACCCAACAUACUUGAACGCUCAUGCCGAAGAUGUGAACGAGAAAUCUGUGCCCCCCAAGCAAGCCGACAAUAAGUGUUUGGUGUGCAAAGGCAGCUGUACUAGUGUUGAUAAAUGUCAACGGUUUGAGGAAUUCAGUUACAACUCCAAGUGGGCCACUAUAAAGGAGCUGGGCCUAUGCAGGAAGUGUUUGAGGGCCCACAAAGGAGCGUGCAAAUCUCAAAAGCUCUGUGGCAAAAAUGGAUGUGAAUAUAAACACCACUACUUGUUGCAUAAUAACCAGCGUGAUGUCGUCGCCCCAACGGAUCAAGAUUGCGGAAAUAGUACAGCUUCUGUAUCCAGAGAAUUAUCCGAAAGCCGAUGCAAUACUCAUCACAUGCCGACUAACAAAAAUCUGUUUCGAGUUGUGCCUGUUGUGUUGUACGGCGCAGGAAGGAGUUUGAAAACUUUCGCGUUUCUGGAUGACGGUUCGUCGCUCAGCUUUAUAGAUGAAACAUUAGCGAAGGAGUUAGCAAUCACAGGGAAACGAGAACCUCUAUGCCUCAAGUGGACGGCAAACACAAGUCGCAUGGAAAACGAAUCAUCUAAUCUGACGUUGCAAAUCUCUGGAACUAAAGAGUACCAUAAAAAGUACACUAUUCGUGGAGUUCACACGGUCUCAAGCUUAGAUCUGUUUCGACAAUCUGUGAACGUGCGGGAGCUUUGCGCUCAAUAUCAACAUUUGCGUGGAAUCCCUGUGGAAUCAUACCAAGAUGUGCAACCGAGGUUGCUCAUAGGAGUUAACAACGCGAAUCUAAGUUAUCCACUGAAAGGACGAGAAGGACAGAUGUUCGAACCCAUUGCAACCAAAACACGCCUUGGAUGGGUAAUUCACGGAGGAUCAGAAACCAACGAAUCGUUCCUUGGAUACCACAGCAUCCAAGCGUGCACAUGUGAUGCAAACACGGCUGAUUCUUUGGGAAAUGCCAUACGUGAAUACUUCUCACUGGAAGGAGUAGGUAUUACCAAACCCGAGACUCCUCUUUUAUCCUGUGAAGACAGAAGAGCCCAGCAGAUUCUGGCUUCGGUCACUCAGACGGAAAAUGGUCAUUACCAAACCCCUCUUCUUUGGAAAUACGAUAACUUCCGCUUACCAAACAGUAAACCUGUGGCACUGAGGAGGUUUCAUUGUUUGGAAUCAAGAAUGCAGAAAGAUCCUGUCCUGGGUGCCAUGGUAAGAGCGAAAAUCAACGAUUACCUGAAACUCGGUUACGUUAGGAAGCUCACGAAAGAAGAAGACGAAAUGAGAAUUGAUCGCAAGUGGUUUAUUCCAAUAUUCCCCGUAUUCAAUCCCAACAAACCGGGAAUGAUUAGAAUUGUAUGGGACUGGGCAGCAAAAACCAACGGAUUGUCGUUAAACUCCAUGCUUUUAAAAGGACCGGACCAGCUCGUUCCUCUGAACGAUGUUUUGUACAAGUUCCGAGAAAACAAAAUUGGGAUCAGCGGCGACAUACGGGAGAUGUUUUUGCAGGUGUUGAUUGCCAAAGAAGAUCAGUAUUGUCAGUUAUUCCUAUGGAAGGAAAACCCAACAGAUGAAGCACCUAGCACGUAUGUGACACAAGUUAUGACGUUUGGGGCCUGUUGCUCUCCGAGUUGUGCCCAAUAUAUUAAAAACGCGAAUGCUGAAAAGUACGCAGACAAGCACCCAAGAGCGGUCGAAGCAAUCACCAAACCAGGGAUGAGAAAUAACUGCAUUGGUGUGAGACUUGCCAGUGCGAUAUCAAACGCCUUGUCAUUCAAAAUCGACGAAUGUUUCUACUGGACUGAUGCUCGUGAUGUUUUAUGCUGGUUAAGAUCGGAUCAUCGCAGAUACUCUUCGUAUGUGGCAUGGCGAGUCAGUGAAAUAUUGGACGCAACGGAUGUCAAAACCUGGCGAUGGGUCAGCUCCAAGGACAACGUAGCUGAUCAAGCUACAAAAUGGAAACGACAGGUAGAUCUCAGUAGCAGCAGCAAGUGGUACAAAGGACCAGAUUUUCUCCAGCGGUCUACCGAAUAUUGGCCCACUGAACCAUUCUCAACAGUCUCUACAAAAGAAGAGCUUCGAGCAAGUCUGUUGUAUCACCACGUAGUUCCAGAUCCACUUCUUCAAGUUGAACGAUUUUCAACGUGGAAACGCAUUCUUAGAGUGACGGCGACGGUUGUUAGAUUCGUCUCCAAUAUUCGUAGUAAAAUCGGCAAGACUGCGUGCAGCACUGGCCCUUUUUCCAGAAGUGAGUUGCAGCAAGCUUCAAACAUACUCUACCGACAAGCUCAAAGCAGAGUCUAUCGGGACGAAAUAAGUCUUCUGUUACGUCCAGCAGCCGAGCGGAAGAUGAUUCCUAGGAACAGCUCUAUAUUCAAUCUAAAUCCUUUUCUCGACGAGAAUCGUGUGCUGCGAAUGCGUGGUAGAAUUAGCGCCUGCGAGUACGUUACUGCUGAUGCCCAUAACCCAAUAAUACUCCCGAAGGAAGACUACAUAACUAUGUUGGUCAUAAAGGAUUACCACAGUCGGUAUCAUCACCGAAAUCACGAAACCGUACUGAACGAGUUGCGCCAAGUAUUUCGGAUUGCAAAACUACGUGUGCUGUUCAAGAAAGCUGGCGGCAUUUGCACGACCAUUUUCGUACGUCGGAAUAGACUAUUUCGGUCCGUUAAUAGUGGUGGUGGGAAGAAGGAGUGA